AUGUUUCGAAUAGUUGCCUGGCUCCUUACAGCUUGUUACAAGUUUAAAUCACUUGGUAGGAAAUGCGAGUCGGUGUCAUCCAUAGAAGAUCACCAAAGUCACAUAACAGUACUGGAUCAGACCAGAGCAAAGGAGAUUAUCGUAAGACACGUCCAAUGCCAAGCGUUCUCAGCGGAGAUCUUCGAUAAUGAGUCUUCCUCAACGUCUAGAAAAGGAAGUAGACUCUCAAAGUUGAAACCAUUUGUACAGGAUUGCAUUCUACGAGUUGGAGGAAGAUUAAAACACUCGGACUUAGCAUUCUACGCCAAGCAUCCAAUAAUUAUGCCUGGAAAACACCAUGUUACUAAAAAGAUUAUACUCUAUUAUCAUAUCCUGAACGGUCAUGUUGAGACCCACCAAACUCUAGCGGCGAUAAGACAAAGAUAUUGGAUUUUGAAAGGUGUUGCAUCAGUCAGAAGCGUUUUACACAACUGUCAUGAGUGCAAACGACAAAGCGCAAGAUGCGGAGAACAGAUUAUGGCUCCUCUUCCACCUGUAAGAGUUUCGAGUGAUAGCGACUGGGUUACCUUUCCCUUUUCUGCUGUCGGUGUUGAUUAUUUUGGCCCCUUUCAUGUCACAUGUUGGAAAUCAACCAGAUCAGCGAAAAGUACUUCAAGUUUAAACAAACGGUAUGGUUGUAUUUUUACCUGCCUUCGAUACAGAGCUGUCCAUAUUGAAAUUGCAAAUGACCUAUCAACAGAGAGUUUUAUCAACGCCGUACUACGUUUCGUAGCUAGAAGAGGACCACUGUCAAUCAUUUACAGCGAUAAUGGAACGAACUUUCGAGGAGCUGAAAUAGACAUUUUUAAGGCGAUGGGAACUUGGAACCAAGAGCGAAUUAGGAAUAAUUUACACGAGAGAGAAAUCGGAUGGAGAUUCAAUCCCCCUGUCGCUAGUCAUUAUGGUGGAAUAUGGGAACGUCUUAUUCGUUCCAUACGACGAAUACUACAUGCGAUGAUCGGAGAGCAGUUAGUAAAUGAAGAAACUCUGACGACAUUCAUAGUUGAAGUAGAGAAGAUCAUGAACGACCGUCCUAUUACACCUGUCCCGAGCGAAGCUGAGGAUUUGACGGCACUAACUCCGAAUGACAUCUUACUGCUGCGAAGAAAUCCUCGCAUCCCUUUAGAGGAUGAACGGCAUCUCGAUCAAUGUCAGACAAGAUGGAAACAAGUUCAUCAUCUCGCCAACCAAUUCUAUAACCGCUGGGUUAAGGAGUAUCUGUCCCAACUUCAGGAAAGUCAAAAAUGGUUGAAGAAUAAACCCAAUUUCCAAGUAGGAGACCUCGUUCUCGUCACAAGUAAAGAUACAGUGCACGGAAAAUGGCCAAAGGGUUUGGUGCAAGAAGUGUAUCCAGACGAAGAGGGUGUAGUUCGGAGAGUCAUGGUGCGAACGGCCACAGGAACCUACCAGCGUGACAUUCAAAAGUUGUGUAUGUUGGAAGAACAAGUUGUAACCUCGUUUCGAGAACAGUUAAAUUCAGAAAAUAAAGUAAAGCUCCCUACGUGA